AGCCCCGCCAAGGCAACUCUCUUCGGUGGCGCCGCCCCGCUCCCUUCCCGCCGCCGCUUGCAGCUCCUCCUCCUCCUCGCCGUCGUCGGCGAGGGCGCCUCGCUCUCCCUCUCCCGGCAGACGGCGGCGAAGGAGCAGGAUGAAGGGGGCGUCGUCGCGGACCUCGCAGCAGCAGCUCCUCUAGCCGCCUCCUCGCACCUUCCUCGCCUGCCGCUCUGCCCCAUGGCGGAGUAGCUGCGCGCCCGCCUUUGCUGCCUUCGGGGCGGGGGGUGGGGGAGGGAGGAGGUUGCCAAAGUGGGGGGAGGUCGCGAGCCGCCCCCUCCCUCGACAGCACCGCCGCUACUGGGACCACCACCGACGGCGCGCCCCCUCCGCCCCGCCAUGGCCUUCACCUUUGCCGCCUUCUGCUACAUGCUCACCCUGGUCCUCUGCGCUUCGCUCAUCUUCUUCGUCAUCUGGCAUAUAAUUGCCUUUGAUGAAUUGCACAUGGACUUCAAGAACCCCAUCGACCAGGGCAACCCAGCCAGGGCAAGAGAGAGGUUGAAAAACAUUGAACGCAUCUGUUGCCUCUUGAGAAAGCUUGUCGUUCCCGAAUAUUCCAUCCAUGGCCUUUUCUGCCUGAUGUUUCUCUGUGCAGCUGAAUGGGUGACUUUAGGACUUAAUAUCCCGCUGCUUUUCUACCACUUGUGGAGGUACUUCCACCGCCCAGCAGAUGGCUCAGAAGUGAUGUACGACGCCGUCUCCAUCAUGAAUGCCGAUAUCUUAAACUACUGUCAGAAAGAAUCGUGGUGCAAACUGGCCUUUUACCUGGUGUCAUUCUUCUAUUACCUGUACAGUAUGGUUUAUACGCUGGUGAGUUUCUAACAGACACCCUUUGCAGGGUGGGGGACGCCCACCUCACCUGGACUACGAAGUUAACGUGCCAAGACUGUGUGGCGGGGUGGGACGGACCCAUGCCAGGCCCGAGGGCCCCCCACCCCACUCCCAUGUCCGAAGCCAAUUCACGCUGCAAGACUGUCCUUUUCCUGGCUGCCUUGGACAAUGAUACUCUGCUGCCUCAUACCGGAUAGGGGGGCCUGCCGUACCACCACCACCACCAAACCCCCCAGCCCCAGAAAUAACGACCGCCGGCUCUAUAUUUUGGAAAAGGAAGCUGGAGCCGGCCUCUCCGCCGAUGGACCUCCCCGUUGCAAGGAGCUCAUUGAGGGAGGGCCGCAGCCGGAAUGGAGUUUUCGGUUGAGGGGUCCAGACCGUAUUGGGGUGCAGGGCACUAUGUGUAAAGCAGAACUAGGGUCUCUCUCCAGCUGCAUUUAUCUCCAGCUCUCGCUGGACAGGGAACCUUUUGUGUGUAUGUGUGUGUUCUUCUACUGCUUUGGGAUAUUUAUAUAUUAAAAAAAAUAAAUCUGGGGAGAAGGUGUGUGUGUGGUUCACCCCACUCCCCAACUUCUUUCCAUGGCCCCAGCUCCUGGGGAGGUGUUCCUCGAGAUAUAGUUGAAUGUCGCGUCCCCCCGCCUUAUUUUUGGGGGUAGGUUUGGUGAAGGUAACAACUUCUCCACAGUGGAGGGCUGGAGAGGCGAGGGAAAGCCUCAGCAAAACCGCGGUGGCAAAGUUGGGCGGCCAUUUUGUCACCCUUGCUAGCGGAGGAGAUUCGGGGAGGGGGUUCAGAGGGGGAAGCCCCCCUCCCCAAUUCUUCUGCUUUUGUUUCCCCUCCUCUUGCUCCAACAAGAGCAAUCAGUCUGCUAUGGGAAGCGGUUAUUCAGCAAGCGCAGUUUCCCUUUUCUUCUCCUUUAUUUCCUUCUGAAUUGAAUUGCUGAAUGUUGUCAGAUGGGGAAGGGAUGCUGUGACUGGAAGUCGUGGAGGCACUCUGUUGUCAUGGCAACUCACGGGCCUAUCUUCCCCGCUGGCGCUUUUCCUUUUUGGUACAACUCCUGGCUUCUCUGGGAGGGGAGUGAGAGGCCUCCCUUUCAUGGGAGACGGACCCUGGUUUUAUUUUUAUUUUUUGGUAGGGCCAGAAAUCACUCCCUCCCUGCCUGAAACGCUUGAGCUUCUGCAAGCCAGUGUUGACAAUACUGAGCUAGAUGGAUGGUGGUCUGAUUCAGUCUAAGGCAGCGUCUUUUUUAAAGCCAGGCCUUUCCAUGAGGACUGGAAUCUUCCUUUAUUUUAGGGGAUAGGGCCAAAACUCACAUAUCCCACAAGUGUCCCGGGGAAAACCAAGAAAGUGGUGGCCAUUUUGGUUGGCGUGAUUUUGCAACACAGUUUCUCCCACGAAAAGGUGUGGAACCACAGUGCGAAAUGUGUGCAAGAUCACAGCAACCCCAAUGGCUGCCAUGUUCUCGUGAUUAAAAAAAACAGUGGCAUCCUGGAUUUUGACUUCAUGGUGCUGGAGGGUAUGAACUCAGUGGCACAACAUCUGCCUUGCGUCCAGAAGGUUCUGCCGCCACUUGCCCCUAAAGGCAGAUGUUGAUAAAUCCAAAAUAAGAACCUUUAUAAGAAAAAAAUAGACCUGCUGGGCCAGACCCCAUGUUCUUCUUAAUCCAGCGUCCCAAACAGUGGCUAGCCAGAUGCUUUAUGGGAAGCAGGGCUAGAAAGGAAAGGGCCUUCUCAUGUUGCUUGCCCUCAGCUUAUGCUAACUGCUCCUGAACAUGGAGGCUCCAUUACCUAUCCUAGCUGACAGCUGUUGAUAGACAUACCCCCACCCCCUUCAAGAAUGUGCCUCGUCCUUUUCUAAAAGCCAUCUGAAGAGAAAGCCCACGUGAGCCAGGAAGGACCAUAACUCAGUGGGAGAGCAUCUACUUUGCAUGCAGAAGGUCUCAGGUUUGAGUCCUGGCAGCUCCAGGUAGGGCCUCUGUCAGAGGCAGCUGCUGCCAGUCAGUGUGGACAACACUAAGCUAAGAUGAACCCAUGGUCCGGCUUCCUCUGUUCCUAAAGGCCCUCACUGUGUCUUGAAUUGAAAAUCAAUUCGGCAUUUUUUAAAACAAGCCUUUUGAAUGUUUGUUUUUGUUGAUUGUGCUUAAGAGUCCACUUUGCAAUAAAAACGGCUUACAGACAGUAAAAUCCACAUCCAAAACUUAA